UCAAAACAUCGCGUUAUCCUUCCCUCCUCUGGUGGCCUCUUCCACACAGACACAGCCACUCUCCCCUCCCCCCUCCUCCCGCAAUGGCCACCUCCCACCUCCUCGCCGCCGCCGCCUCCACCGCCUUCCGCCCUCCUCUCCUCGGCGGCCUCCGCUCCCCGCCGCCCUCAUCGCUCCGCCUCAACCGCAGGCGGCACUUCCAGGUGGUCCGCGCGGCCGAGACCGACAAGGACACGAAGCCCAGUGCGCCCGAGAAGGCUCCCGCCGGGGGCUCCAGCUUCAACCAGCUGCUCGGCAUUAAGGGCGCCAAGCAAGAAAGCGACAUAUGGAAGAUUCGCCUUCAACUUACUAAGCCAGUGACAUGGCCCCCACUUGUAUGGGGAGUGCUUUGCGGAGCAGCUGCCUCUGGAAAUUUCCACUGGACAGUUGAAGAUGUUGCAAAAUCUAUUGUAUGCAUGAUAAUGUCAGGUCCAUGUCUUACAGGAUACACACAGACAAUUAAUGACUGGUAUGAUCGAGACAUAGAUGCAAUAAAUGAGCCUUAUCGUCCUAUUCCUUCAGGUGCUAUAUCAGAAAAUGAGGUAAUUACUCAAAUUUGGGUGCUAUUGUUAGCUGGGCUUGGGCUGGGUGCUCUGUUAGAUGUAUGGGCAGGACAUGAUUUUCCCAUUAUUUUUUAUCUUGCUUGUGGUGGGUCCUUGCUUUCUUACAUAUAUUCAGCUCCACCUCUCAAGCUCAAGCAGAAUGGAUGGAUUGGAAAUUUUGCUCUUGGGGCGAGCUACAUUGGCUUGCCCUGGUGGGCUGGACAGGCACUGUUUGGAACCCUUACUCCUGAUAUUGUUAUCCUGACUUCUUUGUAUAGCAUAGCUGGGCUAGGAAUUGCUAUUGUAAAUGACUUUAAGAGUGUUGAAGGGGAUAGAGCUCUGGGGCUUCAGUCACUCCCCGUUGCUUUUGGUAUGGAAACUGCAAAGUGGAUAUGUGUCGGAGCAAUUGACAUAACUCAAUUAUCUGUUGCAGGCUACCUUUGGAUUACCGGUAAGCCUUAUUAUGCCCUGGCACUGCUUGGAUUGACAAUUCCUCAGGUGGUCUUUCAGGUCCAAUACUUCCUGAAGGACCCUGUGAAGUAUGAUGUCAAAUACCAGGCAAGCGCACAACCGUUCUUCGUCCUGGGCCUUUUGGUGACCGCCCUUGCAACCAGCCACUGAUGAAAGCAACCGUCCUGUACUGUGAUUAUGUGACCACGUCGUUUUGGCGGAAGAGCAGAUGAUCCUCUGCAAGACUGCAACUGUUGCCUGUCAUUGCAGCUCAGUUGUGUUGUGUGUGGGCGUAUCACCACAGUAUGAGCUUUUUGCCAGUUCUGGGUAGUAGUAGAAUGUAGAAUCACCUUCUUGACUCCCUGAAAUGAUCCAGAUAGUCUUGGAAAGGUCCUGUAAUACAAAUGCAGAAGAUGGGGGAUAAUAGGCAGAUGUUACAGGUGGUCGUUUGCUAUUUGCCGCCGCUGUCGUAGGGCGUGUAGGCCGUAGAUGAAUAAUGGCGGAGACCAUCUGCGUGGGGGCUGUAAUGCUUGGUCGCUGCUUUGAUCAAAUUCUGUCGUUGUUGAAUGAUGAAUGGAGUUAUGGAAUCCAGCACAGGCUGGUAAUUGGUAA